AUGGCAUUAAACGGGAAAACUGCUCUAGUGACCGGUAUUUGUGGAGGCAUGGGAUCUGAAAUUGCAAGAUACCUUGCCCUAUCUGGAUGCACUAUUCUCGGAAUAGACCGAUACGAUGCAGAAACUGUCACAGAUAACAUCGAAAAACUCACCCAAAUAUGCAAAAAGGAAGUUCGGUAUUUCGAAUGCAACCUGCUUAAGAGAGAAAGUAUAACUGAUCUUUGCCAGAAAAUAGAUUCUGCUGUUCCAGCUGGUAUAGAUAUAUUAGUAAAUAAUGCAGGGGUUGUCUUCCUUGACCUCCUAGAAAAUAAAACGCUAGAGGGUUUCGAUGAAGAAAUCACUGUAAAUUUGACGGCACCAUUUCAUCUUUCUAAACACUUUUUUGUGUCAAUGAAAAAGAAAGGAUGGGGGAGAAUUGUGAACAUAUCCUCGGCGUUUGGGCUGGUAGGAUCCCCUAAAUCCACAGGUUAUUCGGCCGCAAAGGCAGGACUCAUUGGACUCACUAGGGGCAUUGCAGUAGAGGCUGCGCAGUAUGGAGUUACGUGUAACAGUAUAUGUCCUUGCACAGUUGAUACAAACAGAGAAACUUGCAGAAGUGAAUCCUACGAAAAAGAAUACCACAACUACUCAGAUUGCUGAAUUAGUGAUUUUCCUUUGCUCACCUGCAGCAGACAACAUGACAGGUACAGCUAUUCCGUUGGAUGGAGGAUUGACCGC